ACUUCCCAUCCGCCCGUGGAUUGCGUAGAUCGGUUUCGAGGAAGUGGCCAAGCGUUCGGUAGAAUCAGUUCGAACCGAACCGCACGAGCAAGCGGUUUGGGCAGUUCAUUCAACACACUCCGGUCCGCUUAAGGGUGGGCAACAUUUUACUGUGUGCGUGUGUGUGUGCGCGUAUUGCAACGAUCAGUUAGCGCGAUCAGAAUUUUAAGACAUUAGUUUUUGAAAGCUGUGAACCUGUUUUUCGGUACGAUGCUGUGGCGAGUUGGGGUGCUGCUGGGCCUGUGCCUAGUCCUGGCGCGAUGCGAAGACGAAGAGGUUAUCAAAUGUACCGGCGGUGAGUGCGUGAAGCUUCACCUUUGUCCCAAUGGCGAGCUGAACACCGAUGGGGCGAAUAUCAUUGACAUUCGCUUCAACCCGGAAAACGAGUGCGAGGACUAUCUGCUCAAGUGUUGCCCGUACCCGGAAGAUGAUGAGGAUAUCGUGGUUCCCCCUCCACCAUCGGGAACUGAUCCAGCGACUGUGCCUGGCACGAAUGCGGGCCCCGGUACGGGGACAGGACCAGCUCCGACGACGGUACCUGGCAGCGACAUCGGAACCGUUCCACCCAAUCAAGGAACCGGCCCGGCACAGCCUGUCCCCGGUGGGGCCGGACAGCUGGGAACUGGUAAUAAGCCAACGGGUACUGGUGCUGGUGGUAUUGGUGGUGGUAAACCUCAUGGGUAUGGGCAGGGGCAAGGACAGGGCAACGGUUACGGAGGUGGCUGUCGGGGUGACGGUUCAUGCUCGAAGCCUAGCUCCGAAAGCGACGAGCAGGCGGUGUUAGUCGGCAAGGAUCAGAUUUCUAGCGGUGGGUCAGCAACGUCUGCUAAUCAGGUUAAGGAACCGGGACAGGUACCGCAAGUGCAGGGUGGUGGACCAUCUGUUGGGGACAGUGGCAUUGGAUCUGAAGAAGCCGGAAAACCGUCUGCUGGUGCCGGUACAUCAUCUAACCAACCAGGAAUUGGUCAGCAGGCAGGAGGUCCGGGUGGAGUUGGUGGAGGUACUUCUGCGCAGAAACCCGUUCAACAAGGUGUUGGUGGAGCAGGCGGAGGAAGUCCGACUCAAAAGCCUGGCCAACAAGGUGGACUCCCUGGAGCCACUGGUCAGCAGCCGGUUCAAGGUGGUGCUGGAUUAGCUGGAGGUCAGCAAGGAGGAACUGGUGGCCCCGGAGCCGCUGGUCAACAGCCCGUUCAAGGUGGUGCUGGAGCGGCUGGAGGUGCUCCAACCCAACAACCCGGUCAGCAAGGUGUAGGUGGUCCUGGAGCCUCUGGCCAACAGCCCGUUCAAGGUGGUCCUGGAUCGGCUGGAGGUGUUCCAACACAAAAACCCGGUCAGCAAGGAGGAACUGGUGGCCCUGGAGCCGCUGGUCAACAGCCCGUUCAAGGUGGUGCUGGAGCGGCUGGAGGUGCUCCAACCCAAAAACCCGGUCAGCAAGGUGUAGGUGGUCCUGGAGCCUCAGGCCAACAGCCCGUUCAAGGUGGUGCUGGAGCGACUGGAGGUGCUCCAACCCAAAAACCCGGUCAGCAAGGUGUAGGUGGUCCUGGAGCCUCUGGCCAACAGCCCGUUGCUGGAGGAACUGGUGGACCUGGUGCAGCUGGAGGUGCUGCAGGUUUAGGUGGACCUGGAGGUGCUUCUUCUGGCGUUCUAACUCAAAAACCUGGCCAACAAGUUGGUGGUCCGUCUGGUGCAACCGGGCUGAAUGCUCCGCCGGGCUCGGGCAAAGACUCUGCACAUGGAGGAGCUGGACAACCGGGACAUCCGGGCAAGGGGGGUGCUAAGCAUCCUGGUGCUGGUGGUGGUUAUAACAAUGGCGUGAAGGGUACUCAACCAGAUAAAAUUGGCUCUGCCACGCAGAAUCCUCUAGACAAAACAGUCGAAGUACCGCAUAAGUGUGGUCUGCGCAACGUGGACGGUGUCGGAUUCCGCAUCACCGGUGACAACGACGGUGAAUCGGAGUACGGAGAGUUCCCGUGGAUGGUGGCAAUCCUGAAGGAGGAGAAGGCACUCGAUCAAGUAAUCAAUUUGUACCAGUGCGGUGGAUCGCUCAUCCACCCGUCGGUCGUACUGACAGCGGCCCACUGCGUCCAGAACAGAAAACCGGAGGAGGUGAAGGUGCGACUCGGCGAGUGGGAUACACAGACCAAGAACGAGAUGUUUGACUAUCAGGAUCGUAACGUCCUGGAGAUCGUUUCCCACGCCGAGUUCUACAAGGGCGGUCUGUUCAAUGAUGUAGCACUGCUGUUCCUGGACAAACCGGCCGACCUAAUGGAGACAGUGAACACGAUCUGCCUGCCACCAGCCAACCACAACUUUGACCUUUCGCGUUGCUUUGCUUCCGGAUGGGGCAAGGAUGUGUUCGGCAAACAGGGCACCUAUCAGGUGAUCUUGAAGAAGAUCGAACUCCCGAUCAUGCCAAAUGAGGAGUGCCAGAAGGCGUUGCGUACGACACGGCUUGGACGCCGGUUUAAGCUGCACUCGAGCUUCCUCUGUGCCGGAGGAGAGAAGGGCCGUGACACUUGCAAGGGUGACGGAGGCUCACCGCUGGUCUGCCCGAUCCCGGGCACCAUCAAUCACUACUACCAGGCCGGUAUGGUUGCGUGGGGUAUCGGGUGCGGCGAGGACGGAAUUCCCGGCGUGUACGUGAAUGUGCCAAUGUUCCGCGGCUGGAUCGACGAUCAUCUGCGACAGCGAAAUAUUACUGACAGCUUCUACCUCUACUCGUAAACAUCUGUCCUGCACGCUAGGGUUUCGGAAUUUGUAUGCCGCGAUCGUGAAACGAAAUGUUCUGGAUGGAUACAUGGAUGAGACAAUAAAUUAAAUAGAAUAAUAAUACUGCGUGCAGUUUCGUGCGAUGUUAGGAACUAUA